UUUCUUUUUCUCGAUAGUAGUCCCCUCUCCUCGAAUUAAGAGGCCCCAGUAGAGUGGCAGGAUGAUGGGAUUGGUCCCUGCAAUCCCGCGUACGCGCGAAUCGACCUUUAGUUCGUUCGCCGCCGAUCUCGUGUACGGUCGUCGUACCUGUUGGUAUUCGAUCGAGUGCUCGCGCCGGUUAACAAGUACUCGGGAUUCCAGUCGUAUUCGGAGACACAUUGUCACGCGGUUUUUCUACGUCCCACCGCAUAGAAGUGGUGGUGGAGGAGUCUAAAAGGAAAAUAGGAAAAUCUAGAAGGAAGGAAACACGUAAUUGGAAAAUAAAAUAAUAAUUCGCGAGUAGAUCGCGAUUGUCCGGUUCAUCCCUUUCCGCGGCGUCGAAUUAGGAAAGUCAAAGUGCAAAUCUGGAGAUGUCGUCCCUGAAGGGCGAUAAGACACCGUACGCUCGUCUUUGCCACAUCGUCAAAUGGGAUGACUUUGACGGUUACGGGUUCAAUCUGCACGCAGAGAAAGGGAAAAAUGGGCAGUAUAUCGGUAAGGUGGACGAGGGUUCCCCGAGCCAAGCUGCUGGCUUGAAGCAAGGGGAUCGGAUCAUCGAGGUAAACGAGAUUAACAUAGCCAACGAGACUCACAAGCAGGUGGUCGAACGCAUAAAGGCGUUCCCCAACGAGACCAAGCUCCUGGUGCUCGAUCAAGAGGCUGACGAGUACUUCAGGGCUAACAACGUCAUCGUCAAGGGCACCAUGGCGAACGUCAAGGUGAUCAAGACGCCGGAGAAGAAUCCCAACAGCGUGGAUCACGAGGAGGGAUCGGAUCACGGUAUCUCCGCCACCGAGAAUCCACGAAAGUCGAGUGGUUCUAACGAUACGGAGGAUCAACACAGCGAUAGCACGAUAACAAUGGCAAAUUCUUCGACGAUAGUUGCGAAUACAACGAUGACGACGACAACUUCAUCGACGACGAUGUCAUCGGUUUCGAGUGAAAACGAAGAUACGACGAGUAUAGGCCGAGAAAAUGGCAGCGCCAAUUCGAGAAACAGCGAAACAACAGAGGCCCACGUUCACGAAACUGGUAACGGAACUGGGGGUACUAGUCCCAGUCCUGGCACUGGCCCUGGGACUGGAACUGGCACCGGUAUCGGUCCCAGCACUGGCAACGGCACCGUUGCCGGAAACACCGAACCCAAGCAAGGUUUGAACCUUCUGCAAAUGAGCGCGAAAGAACUCAGGGCUCAAUUGGCAGCACGGAAGAAAUAUGAUCCUAAAAAGGAAUCUAUCGGAUUUAAGGACAAAUUCGAUAUAGUUCAGAAACUUUAAUAAUAUAAGUCGUCGUUGAAUAAUGAAAAUGAGAACAGACAAACAAUUACAGUUGAUAAGAGAAAAAGAAA